UCUGAAAGGUUUGUGCGCAUGCGUGAAUUCUGGAGAUACGCAAGCUAGCAAGUAGCUAGCUGAACAUCAAAGGGUGAUGGCGCCCGCAGCGAUGGAUACCACGUAAAUAAAUUAAGUCUCUAAGGUACAGCAGGUACUUCAAGGUGUUCCUAUCCCCGUUCUUAAGCACGCGCACAGGUAAAGACACAGGAGGGCGUCCUUAUGGCGUCCGGGAGCGGCGGGAGUGUCGGCGGUGGCUUGGCUUCAAACCAUGACGGUCAGGAGGCAGCAUCCAACCCCGCUCAGUCUGGACCCGCAGCCGGGCUCUCCAACGUGCCAGCCUCCGGUCCUGCCCGGCCCGCCUCCCCCUCGGUCCUCGGCCUGCACAGGGAGCCCAUGUAUAACUGGCAGGCGACGAAGAGCUCUCUGAAGGAGCGCUUCGCCUUCCUCUUCAACAACGAGCUGCUGAGCGACGUCAGGUUCAUCGUGGGGAAGGGCAGACAGGCCCAGAGGAUACCGGCCCAUAAGUUCGUGCUGGCCGCCGGCAGUGCUGUGUUUGAUGCCAUGUUCAAUGGAGGCAUGGCCACCACGUCCACCGAGAUAGAGCUGCCUGAUGUGGAGCCUGCUGCUUUCCUCGCCUUGCUAAGGUUCCUUUAUUCUGACGAGGUCCACAUUGGCCCCGAAACUGUGAUGACAACUCUCUACACGGCUAAGAAAUACGCUGUCCCCGCUCUCGAGGGUCACUGUGUGGAGUUCCUCACCAAACACCUCCGAGCAGACAACGCGUUCAUGCUCCUCACUCAGGCGAGGUUAUUUGACGAGCCUCAACUUGCCAGUCUCUGCCUGGACACCAUCGACAAAAGUACUGCGGACGCAAUAAAUGCAGAGAGCUUCACAGAUAUCGACCUCGACACCUUAUGUGCAGUGCUACAAAGAGAUACACUCAGCAUCAGGGAGAACCGUCUGUUCGGGGCGGUGGUACGAUGGGCAGAAGCCGAGUGUUACAGACAACAGCUUCCCCCGACCUCAGAGAACAAACAGAAGGUUCUGGGGAAAGCUCUCCCGCUCAUCCGCUUCCCGCUCAUGACUGUUGAAGAGUUUGCAGCAGGGCCUGCCCAGUCUGGAAUAUUGUUCGAUCGGGAGGUGGUAAAUCUUUUUUUACACUUUACAGUAAACCCCAAACCACGGGUCGACUACAUUGACAGGCCCCGCUGCUGCCUCAGGGGGGAGGAGUGCAGUAUUAAUAGAUUCCAGCAGGUUGAGAGUCGAUGGGGGUACAGUGGUACCAGCGACAGAAUCAGAUUUAAUGUUAACAAAAGAAUAUCCAUCGUGGGUUUUGGCCUGUAUGGAUCAAUACAUGGACCCACUGACUAUCAGGUCAACAUACAGAUCUUAGAGAGCGACAAACGCAUCACACUGGGACAGAAUGACACAGGCUUCAGCUGCGACGGCACAGCCAGCACUUUCAGAGUGAUGUUCAAAGAGCCUGUGGAAAUCCUACCCAGUGUCAGCUACACUGCAUGUGCCACCUUAAAGGGCCCAGACUCCCAUUAUGGCACUAAAGGUUUGAAGAAAGUUACCCAGGAAACAACGGCGGGGGCCAAGACGACGUUUUUCUUUUUUAGUUCACCUGGAAAUAACAACGGUACUUCAGUGGAGGACGGGCAGAUACCAGAAAUCAUCUACUACACCUAGAUCUAACACGUAGGAACACUGGACUGACCUCAGACUGCUGGAAAGACUGGACUGCUGGAGAUUUACGUAGUGCCUCAUGAACCCUUGGAAUAAAGAAUGUGUGUGUUCGACUGUGUGUGUGUGUGUGUGUGCGUGCGCGUGAGUGUGUAAUUGUGUACAGACAUAAUCAGGAAUGCGGAAAUAGUCAGAGUUGUGGUAAAUCACAGCUCAGUGUGGAAAAAAGAGCUUUUAGCCAAAACUCUUCCAUCAUCUGUAAAUGAUCAAAACACUAAUGUGUGUGUGUGUGUGCAUUAUCAGUAGACCACCAGUGCAGGAUUUAAUUCUGCACAAAGGAAAGGACGGAGACGGCUACCACUUGUUGGUCAAAGCCAUUUCAAUUUACUUUGUCAGCUUUUGCUGAUUCAUUUACCGAAAGUGUUAAAUUAGCAUAUUUUUUAUCGUGCACUGUUAUCAUUUAUUCAAGCAGGCAUCUUUAAUGCAUUGUUUUAAGGAUCCAUGUGUGUUAUCUUAACUUUGACAGUGGUACAUAUUGUAAUUUAUGACUUCAUGCUUGCUAGGCACUUGAUCAAAUGUAAAUAAAAACAAGCAAGACCAAAAAACUGAAAUAUCUGUGUUUCUUUGGUCAAAUGAAUGAA